AGAAUUUUGAGCAAUGCUCCAAGCUGUAGCUAUGACGGCGCGCGGGACUCCGAGCCGCUUCUUGGCCGGUGUUCUCCACAACGGACUGCGUCGCUACGUGCGGCAGCUGCAGCGUCUGAGCUUCAGCGUCAGCCGCGACGGCGCCUGGUCUCGCGGUGCCAGGGAGUUCGUGGAGCGGGAAGUGAUCGACUUCGCCCGACGGAACCCUGGGGUCGUAAUAUAUGUAAACUCUCGUCCGUGCUGCAUGCCCAGAGUAGUGGCCGAAUACCUUAACGGGGCUGUGCGCGAGGAGAGCAUUCACCGCAAGUCGGUCGAGGAGAUCUCGAUGCUGGUGCAGAAGCUGGCCGACCAGUCGGGCUUGGACGUGAUCCGCAUCCGCAAGCCCUUCCACACCGACAACCCUAGCAUCCAGGGCCAGUGGCACCCCUUCACCAACAAGCCGACCACGUUCCGCGGGCUACGCCCCCGAGAGGUUCAGGAUCCUGCCCCAGCCCAGUGCCUGCUUCUAGGGGAAGCGACCUUGUGA